ACUGCAAUUUUAUUAUAAUGAUUUUGUUCUUAUUAUUCAUAUUUGUGAUAAAUUUUAUGGGUAUUAGUGUCCUAUCAAAUCAUCAUUACUUUUGUUACAUUGAGGCAAUAUGCAUAUAACUGAUACUAUUUGUGAUCUUUGCCAUGGAUUCUAUAUGAAUUCCACUGGUAUUUUAUUUCUGCUCUUCCUCGCUCCUUGCUUGCAGCAUAUCCUCUAUUUGUGCUUAUAAUGUUGCUUGGUAGGAAUAUAUUUGGUUACAUUGUUCCAGUUCUAUCUUUUGUUUUGCUUUGUUCAGAGCUUCCACACAAGGAACUCCGUUUCAUAAUUGGUUCAAUUCCAAUGCUCAACUUUGCAGCAGCAGUUAGCAGAAUGAAGAAGGCUUUCUGGAAAUGGCUUAAUCUGAUGAUGCUUGGAUCUCUUGUUGGCAGGUAUUCCAAAGAAAAAGGGAUUGCUGUGGAAGAAUUUCACAACAGAAAAUCAGGAAUUUCACCUACCUUCUGAGGUUGACAACCCUUGACAAAGCAGAAUAAUUGAAGUGCUGAUGUUGAGUUUGCUACUCCUGUAUUUUAUAUCAGCACUCUAUGCUUGAAAGUUUAAAAGUUAAACAAAUAGAAAUAGUCAUAUGUGCUAAGUUAUGUUAACGAGUGAACUCGCAUUAAUAGGAGAGUUUUGUGUUAGAAAAUCUCAACUGUUGCAUCAUAACAUCAUAUCAUUCUGGUAUCUAGUCGUAUCCUGUAUUCAUCUUGUAUCCACAGCAUACUGGUACUGUGGCCAUAUGCUGGGAUCCAUGUAUACCCUCUGGUGAAUUGAUGGAUGUCGACAUUGUAGAUGCAAAUAUUGGAUACUGUUUCCUAUACA